AUAACUAGACAUUUCGACAAACAGAUAGAGGGAUAGCGGCAGAGCGUUAUCUACGGCCAUGGCGGAGGGAACCAUGCGGAUGACGGCGUCGGCCUCAGCCACCUGCGGCGGUAUCCGGGGUUCGCGCCGGCGCCUCCCCUUCUCUUCUCGCCGGAGCUGCCUUGGCCCCAACUAUUUCUUCACCGCUGGCCUCCUCCAGGCUCCCGCUGCCGACUUGUUGGGCCGGCGCCUCAAGACGAGCUUGCCGGCGGUUCCGGUACAGAAGCAGCGCAGCGGGAGGUUAUUCGUGGUAGCCAUAGCCGAUGAUGAGACAAAGCGCCAAGUACCAUUGAAGGACUACCGCAAUAUUGGUAUCAUGGCUCACAUAGAUGCAGGAAAAACUACUACAACAGAGCGGAUUCUCUACUACACAGGGAGGAAUUACAAGAUUGGUGAGGUGCAUGAGGGCACGGCAACAAUGGAUUGGAUGGAGCAGGAGCAGGAGAGGGGAAUCACUAUAACCUCAGCAGCAACCACCACCUUCUGGAACAAUCACAGGAUCAAUAUUAUAGACACUCCUGGCCAUGUGGAUUUUACACUUGAAGUUGAGAGAGCACUGAGGGUACUAGAUGGUGCUAUUUGUCUCUUUGACAGUGUUGCCGGUGUGGAGCCACAAUCUGAGACUGUUUGGAGACAAGCAGACAAAUAUGGUGUCCCAAGAAUAUGCUUUGUCAACAAAAUGGAUCGCCUUGGAGCUAACUUUUUCCGAACAAGGGAUAUGAUAAUAUCGAACUUAGGUGCCAAACCCUUGGUCCUUCAGUUGCCUGUUGGUGCAGAAGAUAGAUUUCAAGGAAUUAUUGAUCUCUUGAAAAUGAAAGCUGUCAUAUGGACAGGCGAGGAACUUGGUGCCAAAUUUACUUAUGAAGACAUACCUGCUGAUCUGCAAGACAUUGCUCAGGAGUACCGCAGCCUGAUGAUAGAAACUGUUGUUGAGUUAGAUGAUGAAACUAUGGAGCACUACCUAGAAGGAGUUGAGCCAGAUGAAGCGACACUGAAGAAGCUAAUAAGAAAAGGCACUGUAUCAGGCAGUUUUGUGCCAGUUUUAUGUGGGUCAGCAUUUAAAAACAAAGGUGUUCAGCCAUUGCUUGAUGCUGUGGUGGAUUAUCUACCAUCACCUCUUGAGUUGCCACCAAUCAAAGGUACCGAUGCUGAUAACCCAGAGGUCACCAUUGAAAGGCUUCCUAAAGAUGAUGAGCCAUUUGCUGGAUUGGCUUUCAAGAUCAUGAAUGAUUCAUUUGUAGGAUCUCUUACAUUUGUAAGAGUUUACUCAGGGAAAUUAUCUGCGGGUUCUUAUGUUCUGAAUGCAAACAAAGGAAAGAAAGAGAGAAUAGGACGACUUUUAGAGAUGCAUGCUAACAGUAGGGAGGAUGUCAAGGCAGCUUUAACUGGUGAUAUUGUGGCUCUUGCAGGCCUGAAAGAUACAAUCACAGGUGAAACACUCUGUGAUCCAGAUAACCCUGUAGUCCUCGAAAGAAUGGACUUUCCCGAUCCUGUCAUUAAGGUUGCAAUAGAACCCAAGACCAAGGCAGAUGUUGACAAAAUGGCAGCUGGUCUGAUCAAGUUGGUUCAAGAGGAUCCUUCUUUCCAUUUCUCAAGGGAUGAAGAAACUAACCAAACUGUUAUUGAGGGAAUGGGGGAGCUGCAUCUUGAUAUCAUCGUUGAUCGCUUGAAGAGGGAAUUCAAGGUUGAGGCAAAUGUAGGCGCACCACAGGUAAACUAUAGAGAAAGCAUCUCAAGAGUAUCUGAAGUCCAAUACAUCCAUAAGAAACAGUCUGGUGGGGCAGGGCAAUUUGCAGACGUUACAGUCAGAUUUGAGCCAUUGGAACCAGGUAGUGGGUAUGAGUUCAAGAGUGAGAUAAAGGGAGGAGCAGUCCCAAAAGAGUACAUUCCAGGUGUCAUGAAAGGGCUGGAAGAAUGCAUGAGCAAUGGUGUGCUAGCCGGCUACCCGGUUGUCGAUGUCAGAGCAGUAUUGGUUGAUGGAACCUAUCAUGAUGUUGAUUCCAGUGUUCUGGCAUUUCAACUGGCAGCCAGGGGUGCUUUCCGCCAAGGUAUUAGAAAAGCUAACCCAAGAUUGCUCGAACCUAUUAUGAAAGUGGAGGUAGUCACCCCAGAAGAGCAUUUAGGUGAUGUUAUUGGUGAUCUUAACUCAAGAAGAGGCCAGAUUAACAACUUUGGUGAUAAGCCAGGUGGUCUUAAGGUUGUAGAUGCUUUGGUACCAUUGGCUGAAAUGUUCCAGUAUGUUAGUACCCUUCGUGGGAUGACAAAAGGACGAGCAUCUUACACGAUGCAGCUCGCUAACUUUGACGUCGUCCCUCAACACAUCCAAAAUCAACUAGCUGCUAAAGAAGAAGCUGCAACGGCUUAAAGGCUUGUGGAAUCUGUCUCAUGUUUCUAUUUUGUUGGAACCAAACACAACAGUUUGUAUUCUUCAUAUUUCUUGAGAUUAUAAAGGACAGGUCAGGCCUUCAGCUUUUGCAUGAUCCAGUAAACAAACUUCUGCGUUGCUGUUUGA